GCACCUGCACUGCGUAACCUCAGGGAUUCAUACAGUGCGUUGAAAAACAUGCAGGAGUCUGCUAAAGAAUGGAAUAUCUCUUUUGCUGGCUGUGGAUUUCUGAUGGCUUACUACUGUGGAGUAUAUAGCUGUUUAUUCGAACGGGCCCAGUUUCUUCUUAAGGGGGUGACAAAGAUUUGUGGGGCUUCAUCUGGUGCUCUGAUGGGUGCAGUGAUAGCAUGCCAAAUGUCUCCAGCCAAAUGCUCUGAAAAUCUGCUGGAAAUGUCCCGAGAGGCUCGGAAAGGCACUCUGGGUGCUGUGCAUCCCUCCUUCAACCUACUGAAGAUAGUACGAAACUUCUUAAGCAGAGACCUGCCCGAUGACGCCCACCUACUCGCCAAUGGACGGCUAUAUGUGUCACUCACUCGAGUGUCAGAUGGGACAAAUGUGUUGGUGUCUGAGUUUGACAGUAAAGAAGAUCUCAUUCAGGCUCUGAUUUGUAGCUGCUUUUAUCCACUGUAUUGUGGUGUGAUGCCUCCAAGCUAUCAUGGAAUAAGGUAUGUAGACGGAGCAUUGAGUGAUAACAUGCCUUUCUCUAGUCUGAGAGAAACAAUCACAAUCUCCCCUUUUUCUGGAGAGAGCGACAUCAGUCCUUACGGCAACCCUUUUUACUUCCAUGAAAUAUACUACAAUAACGUCAGCAUUCAUAUCAACUUCAUCAAUGCACACAGAGUGGUUAUUGCAUUUUUCCCUCCAGAACCAGAGGUCUUGGCUGAGAUGUGUCAAAAUGGAUACAGGGAUGCUUUCAUUUUUUUACAACAAUAUAAACUCCUGAAGCUUAGGUCGCCAUUGUCAGAAUUAUGGGAUCAUAUUCCAACAUCUAAGAAAUAUAUCUGUGAAAACAAGCCAACAGUGACUGGGAAUUCUAAAAGUUUCCUUCCAGAAUCCAUCAAGAAAGUGUUUUGCAAGUCUAGAAUGAUGGAGAAUGAAGAAAUACGAUGUCCUUUCUCAGUGAAACUGGUUUCUUGUCUAAUGUGGUGUAUUCUGCCAGUGGAGAUGGUGCACAUCAUGCUUCUAAGGCUUGCUGAGUGGACUCCAGAGAUGUGUAAGAUGACAAUUGGAAUGAUUGGACGAAUAUGGAAGAGAGCUUUCUUAAGAAGGUAUUUACAUUCACAGAAAUGUCCAACUCUUCAAGACCCCUCAUCUUCAAACCGAACUCACUGACCUGCACGAAUGACUAUUUACAAUUAUUUCAAAAAAAAAAAAAAAAAUCAAUACCCUUUUGAA